UGGGCCUCACAAGGCCGCAACCCCUGUCGAAUAGCGUCAGCGUUGUGCGUCCAGGUUGAGGUAUACCCUUCCUCAUUACGUCGUUUGUUUCGCCCCGCUUGUACGGUUGAAAGCUACAAGGGCGGAGGAGAGAGAGUCUUGGUUGUUAAGCAGAACAUGUUUUGAUGGACAACUUGUGUUUGUGUAGCGGAUUGAUAGAUUUGUGUGUUGUGAAGAAAACAAAGAUAUUUAGGACAGAAGAUGUACGGCCUGGUUUAUAAAGGCCAAAUGUUGAGAGUUAAACCUUUUAAAGCUUGCUCAAGCUGAGUUGAGUUGCGGGAACGGAAACAGGCAUGAGCGAUUCUACUACCUUAGUAGGUACAUACCGUACUCCCCCUUGUCGCAGCAUCAAAGGACCCUGUUUUUGCUUGGCUGGGUUGCGGCGGGGUUUCUCUUGCUGCUUCUCUGACUUAUCCCUCCCGCCACAUCCUCGUCCUUUUCCUCUUUACAUCGACAGAACCCGUCAACUCGGUAUUGUAACAUUAUCGCUUAUCAUCACCAUAAAGCCACCUUGAAUUAUAACCAACACCAACUAUUACACCGCUGCACAACAUAGUAGCGACAUAAACCGCACACCAUCCUCAUGUCAAACUACGACCCGUACGAUCGGGAUUACUCUCGCCGCUAUGUGCGGGAGGAGCGUCGAGAAGAACCCCGCUAUCUCGACCCUCGAGAUUCCUUCAACUCAAAGACUCAUCGGGAGAUCGUUCCUCGCGGUCGUGAGGACAGCGAUCUAUCGAUAGAAGAGGUCAGACGGGACUUUCCCCCUCCUGGUACCCGUGAUAUUCGCCGGGCCCGAUCCGCCGGCCCAAACUACUACGAGGAAGAAUAUGAGUAUCGCCGAGGCUACGACCCUCGCGAUCGCGACUAUGACCGCCGUUCCCACAGAGGCCACUCCAGUCCAUACUACGAAGAUGAAGAGCGCGAGCGUAAGCACAAACCCAAGGGCAUGUCCAAGAAUGAGAAGAUCAUCGCAGCCGUCGCCGGUGCCGCCCUUUUGGCGGGUGGUAAGGAACUAUACGAUCGCCGCGAAGCCAAGGAGGAGCGCACUGAAGUCCAACGCAAUCCUCUGUCAACUGCAGCUCUUGCUGGAGUCGGUGCCUUGGCUGCCUACCAGGGUGCACAAUUCUACAACAAGCAGCAGGCCAAGAAGGAUCAAAAGGCCAACAUGAUCCUUCAACGCGGCCGCGACGGCUAUUAUAGUGAUUACUACUCUGAUGAGGACGAAAGCCCAAGGGAGAAGAAGGGACACAAGAACUUUCUCGAGAGUGCUAUCGCAGCUACAGGUCUCGGCGCAGCUGUCAAGAGUCUCACUGGUGGCGGCGGAGACGAUACCAGGAGUCGCCGGGGAGGUAGUCCUUCCAGCGAAAGAUCUCGUUCUCACGCCGGUGGUGGCAGCGGCGCCAACAAGAUUCAAAAGGCGGCUAUGGCUUCCCUCCUUGCCGGUGCCACAGAGGCCUUUCGUGUUGCCAAGGAGCCUGGCGGCUGGAAGGGUGAAAAGACGAAGCGUAUUCUCACCGCCGCUGCAGGUGCUGCUGCUGUCGACACCGCAACUGAUGACAAGGGAGGAAAGCUAGGCUUGGCUGAGUCUGUGAUUGGUGGCUUAGUCGGCAACCGCCUAAUUCGUGGUUCCAGAAAUGAUAUCGAGGAGGAUCGCAAGACUGGCCGCAGCCGCUCGCGCUCGCGAGCUCGCUCCAAGUCUCAGGGUGGUGGCAGUGGAGGCGCAAGCGGUCUUGCUGCUCUUGCAACCGCUGGCUUGGGUGCCCUGGGCGCAAAGAAGGUUCUUGAUCGAUCUCGAUCGCGAUCCAGAAGCCGUAGGGGACGAAGUGCCUCAUAUAGUCCAUCCCCAGACAGGCGCCGUCAGCGAAGCCGCAGCCGUAGUGUUGUUGACAAAGCUCGCAACGGUUUGGCCAAACUAGGCCUUGGAGCUGGAGCUGGCGCUGCCGCUGAUGACUACCACCGGCGCGACCAAGAUGACUUUAGCGAUCGCGGUGGCAGCCGUUCCCGCCGAUACUCGGACGAUAUGUACGAUGACCGUCGAUAUGGAACCAAUCGAGAUUAUUACGACGAUGAUAGAUCAUUCAAGAGCAAGCCCCGAGAGAGAAGACGAGGAGGGCGUUCUGAUUAUUCCUCUUCGUCAUCAGACCUAGGGGAUUCUGAUGAGGAUGAGAAGCGGGCGAAAAAAAUGAGAGGUAAGCAAGUUAUCACCACCGGUUUAGCGGCAGUAGCCACUAUACACGCAGCGCACGAGGUAUAUUCUAGCAUGGAAAAGAGAAACGCACGGCACAAAGCAGUCAAGGAAGGGCGGUUGAGUGAGAUGGAAGCCAAAAAGCUCAAGACGAAAGCAAUCAUGCAAGACGCCGCAUCAGUCGGUAUUGCUGCUAUGGGCAUCAAGGGAGCCAUCUCCGAGAUGAAGGAAGCCAAAGAGCUGACACACGAGUGCAAAAAUUUCCAACAAGAGAAGGCUCGUCGUCAUGAGAAGCGAGUGCAAAGGCGCUUACGACAACAGUCAAUGAGUGACGGCAGGAGGAGAGCAGACAGCUGGGCUCCUCCGUCUCGACGGGAUGGGUACGACUCGGAUAUCGAGUAUGAAUACUUUGACCCUCAAGACUACGGAAGCAAACCUUACAGAGGCAACACCUUCCCAGCAGAGCCGUAUGGUACAGACACUUACAGAAGGAAUCCCAACGGUCUGCCAUCUCCUUACUAAGAACCUGACUGGGUGUUGGGCGGCAUCCACGCUUACUCACCUAUACCACUACAAACAUCUUAAAUCAUGACUUAUGACGAGACGACUUAUUUGGCUCAUGAGAAGCUUGGGCCAACCAAACAGCGUUUUUCCUUUGGACGCAUGGCAAUGAACCCCCCCAGAGAGUAAUUGGAAGACUAGAAAGAGAAGGAAACGGUGUGAAUAUGGCCUGUUGCGCUGCGUGGUGUGGCUGGCAUUCGUUUUACUGAAAUUCCUUUGCAUCAGAUAGAUGAAGCAGAUUUGCUUUCUCCCCGCAACCUCUCCCACGUUUGUUUCACAUGUGUAUUCAAGACGAAGACUAACGACGAUGAUUAAAAUAGACCAUCGCCGAUACUAAGCCAGUGGCCCGAUCCCGGCAGGCACAGAAGAAAAAACGAAACUAUAUCUCGGCACACCGGCACAUACGUGCAUAUCUGUCCAACGAUGAGCUGCUCUAUUCUGGUAAAGUUGAUGAAUGGGGUAGGGUCUAGUCGAGGGCUCAAAACGGGGAAACAAGCGAGAGUGGCACGAGUUGACCCAACGAGAUGGGAAGAGAGGGGCGGUAAGAAAGGAUCGGGACGCAAAUGUGGUGUUAACAAAUCACUAUAUGCACGAUGAUGAAGUGGUGGGAAUUCGGGUAGGCGGUUUCGGGAAGAACGGCUUUUUGGAACGACGGGGGCUUGCAGAUCAAGACUCGGCGAUUGGACCAAGUGCGACAAGAAAUCAGGAAUGAGCCUGGAUGAAGAUGGCAAGACAUCUCUUGAAAGUUAAAGGUGUAUAGGCAUACGAAGAGAUGUACGUGGAUGGUAUGAUAUUUUUGUUUUUUCUUCUUCUCCUUUUGCCAUGUUUGGAUAUCUGGAUGAAUAGCUUGUUAUGCUGGAUAGCAGAUGAUGAGGUUUACGGGUGUCGAUUUACCGGCCCCCAGAAUACCUUGACGAAUCAUGACCUAUGAUGAACGACUCUGGCUUAUAAUAAACCAUGUUACGUCUUUGGUGUUGAUGAAGCGAUAUUCAGCUGUUGCUGGGUAAUGUGAAUGACAGCGGCUUCCAACAAUUAGGUAUAGACAAAAGUGAAAACAGUUUGUUCUCCCUUGAUCUUACUACAGUCUUCCAAUCACUAUUCCGUACC